AUGGAAUACCUGCCCUCCCCAUCUGCCCUCACAGCCCUCACGGCCCCUGAGGGCACAGGCGGCCAUCAAACCUCCCCUCAGGCGGCCAUCGGGCCUCUCGUCUCCCUCAGGAGCCGAAGGUCUCCACAGGAUGUCACCGGUGUUACGGUGCAGCUUUUUGAGGAAGGAUGUGAACGUUCAGAGUCCUUUACUGUGAAAAAAUGCGCAGCAGCAGGCAUCCUGUGCUACGUUGGAGCCUAUGUGUUCAUCACAUAUGAUGACUAUGAUCACUUCUUUGAAGAUGUGUACACACUCAUUCCAGCUGUUAUCAUCAUUGCUGUGGGAACGCUGCUGUUCAUCAUCGGCCUGAUCGGCUGCUGCGCCACCAUCCGAGAGAGCCGCUGCGGCCUGGCCACGUUUGUGAUCAUCUUGCUCCUGGUUUUUAUCACCGAAGUUGUGGUCGUGGUUCUUGGAUACAUUUACAGAGCAAAGGUGGAGGAUGAAGUCGAUCACAGCAUUCGGAAAGUGUACAACCGAUACAACGGCACCAACCCCGACGCCGCCAGCCGUGCCAUUGACUAUGUACAGAGGCAGCUGCGCUGCUGUGGGAUCCAUAACUAUUCAGACUGGGAGAAUACUAUCUGGUUCAAACAAACUAAAAACAACAGUGUGCCCCUCAGCUGUUGCAAAGCAGCCCUCAGCAAUUGCACUGGCAGUUUGACCCGCCCCAUGGACCUUUAUUCAGAGGGGUGUGAAGCUCUGGUUGUCAAGAAGCUGCAGGAGAUCAUGAUGUAUGUCAUCUGGGCAGCACUAGCAUUUGCUGCUAUUCAGCUUCUGGGCAUGUUGUGUGCCUGUAUAGUUCUAUGUAGGAGGAGUCGGGAUCCUGCCUACGAGCUGCUCAUUGCUGGUGGAACCUAUGCCUAGAAGAGAAUUCCAACAUGCAGUUCAAUCUUCCCCCUGUUCCCUGGAGGGUGAAUGGGCCGGGUUUUCUUCCAUAGCUUUCUUGCCCCAGCUUAUUCCAAGCACACCUUUCAAACAUGAGGGCAGCCGCACUGUGCACUGGUGAUGGGCAACAACAGCUUUACACAACCCAUAGAAUUACCUGUGACUUUCACUGUUUUAGCCAGCUAUUCAUGUAUCUAAAUGUUUUAGUAUGCUAGUAAACUUUCUAAUUUCAGAACCAUUUGCAAGUUAAGUGUAAUUUGGUUGAUAUGAAAGUCAAAGGAUGUGUGCCUACUUUGGUAGAUUACCUCUAAGCAUUAACUGGCUGAUACUUGCAUAUAUAGAGGAAGUCUUAAACCUUCACUACAUGGAACUUUUCUGGCCAAAGUUGUACAAAGGAAGCCAGCUGUAUUUAAUUUGAGAAGAAAAAAAAUGUUUUAAUCUUGCCCCUCACCAGUGUCACUUUUAAAAAAAGAGAAAAACACUUAAGUCCAGUAUACUUUAUAUAUAAAGAAAUUGUAGGGAAAAAAACUAACCAAUUUUAGGAUUAUGUGACUGCAAUUUUGACCUUCAGAGAUCCAGUCUUUCAAACAUUAGUGGUUUAAAAUACAAGCUGGCUUUUCAGGAGUAUAAUGUAUGCACUACUGUUCUAUAAUGAAAUAUUUCAUUUUUCUAUGAAGAGCGUUUUAUGUGUUGAGUGAACUGUUAGACUGUAGACCUUCAAUUGGUUUGGAAACAAUGUAGCCAUGUAGAGUAGCCAAGUAGUAUGUGAAAGUGUUCUCAACUGUAAAUAAUAAACCUGAUUAAAUAAAUCUCUGUAUAUCCUCCCUAUAAA